UUUCUUGUAAAGUAAGCUUCAUUUAAAGCUCAACUAUAAAUGCAGCACUCAGGGAGAGAGAGGCAAAGCCCAUAACCUUCUUGCACGGAAUCAAUCAGCCUCUCCGUCACAUAAUUUUUCUCAAAGUUGCUUGCAAAACCAAAUAACAAACUUUCCACUUCUAUUUUUUGUGUUUCAAAACACAUUUUUUGAGAUUAUGGUUGGAACUAUUGACUGGGUCAAUAGAAUCCUACCUGCCAUUCCAACUUCUUCUAAUCUAUUGAGUAUCCCAAAUUGCCAGCCACUAGUUCUGCUGUAAAGGGUCUUAAAGAAGAGGAAAAACAAACAACAGUUCCCCAAGAAGAAGGAGGUAGAGUUAACAUGGCAUCAAGCUCAAGCCUGGACACUGCACUCUUGCCAGAAGCUUCCCAUAGACAAGAGGAAAGUAAAGAAAAAAGCUUUUGGGGAAAAGUUUUAGAUGUAGAAGAGUUGAAGAAACAAGUCUUGUUUUCUCUGCCGAUGGUCCUUACUAAUGCCUUCUAUUAUGCCAUUACCUUGGUCUCUGUUAUGUUUGCUGGUCACCUUGGGGAGCUUGAGCUUGCUGGUGCUACACUUGCCAAUUCUUGGGCCACUGUCAGCGGCUUCGCCUUCAUGAUAGGACUAAGUGGAGCAUUGGAGACUCUUUGUGGUCAAGGAUUCGGUGCCAAAACGUACAGAGUGCUGGGGAUUUACCUACAAGCUUCUUGCAUAAUUUCUUGCCUUUUCUCAAUUAUAAUAUCCAUUAUAUGGUUCUAUACAGAGCCAAUACUAAUCUUGCUUCAUCAAGAGCCUCAAAUUGCAAAAAAAGCUGAUCUGUACAUUAAGUACCUCAUUCCAGCUGUGUUUGCAUUCGGUUUUAUACAGAAUGUUUUGAGAUUUCUUCAAACACAAAGCAUUCUUAUGCCCCUAGUCCUGUUCUCAGGGCUCCCAUUGGCCCUUCAUUUUGGCAUUGUGUACACUUUGGUUCACUGGACAAGUCUUGGUUUCAAAGGAGCUUCAUUGGCUUCUUCGAUCUCUUUAUGGAUAUCAUUUAUCUUUUUGGCAACCUAUGUAGUUUGUUCAAAGAAAUUUGAGCACACAUGGGGAGGUUUUUCAUCCGAAUCAUUUCGCCAUAUCGUUACAAACUUGAGAUUAUCCCUACCAUCUGCAGCAAUGGUGUGUCUGGAGUAUUGGGCUUUCGAAAUCCUCGUCUUGAUAGCAGGAUUGAUGCCAGAUGCUGCUAUAACUACUUCAGUGAUAGCAAUGUGCGUGAAUACAGAAGCCAUUGCGUUCAAUUUUACUUAUGGCCUUAGUGCUGCAGCAAGCACAAGGGUGUCAAAUGAGUUGGGAGCAGAAAAUCCUGGCCGAGCUAAAAAGGCUAUGGCUGCAUCUCUCAAGCUGGUUGUCCUUCUUGCUCUUGUACUCGUCCUUGCUUUAGUCUUUGGUCAUAAUAUUUGGGCGGGUUUCUUCAGUGACAGUUCUUUAAUAAUAAAAGACUUUGCCUCAUUGACCCCAUUGCUUGUAAUCUCAAUAUCAGUAGAUUCGUUUCAAGGUGUUCUAUCAGGGGUGGCAAGAGGUUGUGGUUGGCAGCACUUGGUUGUAGUUGCCAACUUAGUAACUUUCUAUGGCAUUGGCAUGCCGAUUGCAGUCCUUCUUGGAUUUAAGUUUAAGCUCUAUGCUAAGGGUUUAUGGAUAGGCUUAAUAUGUGGCCUCUCUAGCCAAGCUGCCACCCUCCUGUUAAUUACAUUUCGCACCAGAUGGACUAGGAUUGAUCUUUCAGCAGAAAGAGAACAGGGUACUCUAGAUUCUGUUUAAACAAAUCUCCCUGGAAAGGUGAAACAAGAGCAAGAGGUUACUUGGAUAGGCAACAAGGCAAGUGGUGAUCGUAAAUUUUUUGCAGAGGCAAUCUUUGAGUCUGAGAAGCUGUAAUUAUUUGAAGAAGCUUCAUUCAUUGUUGUCUUGAUGGUUAAUGAAGCUUAAUUACAAUCAAGUUUGAUUGGGGAAUCGAAAAUGUCCCCAAAAUUUUCAGUUUCAAAAUUUAUGAUAUCAAAUAUUCAACAAAAGAUUGAGAUUGGAAAAUUAGAACUUCGCCCUCAGAAUAAUAUUUUUAUUCGUCCUA